AGCGAGUGUCGUCCUCUGUCAUGGGUUCGAGUACGUCAAGAGAAUGCGCAGUGACCGUCGGGGAUAGUUUUCUGCAAGGAGUGACUCACCGACAGCAAAAGUUUUCGUUUCAUACAACAAAGUCGACUGUUAGAUUUCUAAGUACGACCGCGAUGAAUACGAGAGGCCUUUUGUUGCCUUCCCGGAGGCGACUCUCGGGGAUCGGCGCGCUGGGUGACCACACUGUGAUACGAAACACAAUAUUCAAUGAAAACCAACGGCUUUGGGGCCCUUUCAUUGGACAAUUGCAGCUCGUGCCUUCUCACCGCAUGGCAUCUACGGUGAGCUCGUCAAAUCAAUCCGAAUUCAAGAAGCGAGAAUCGAGCGAAACUAUCCGCAGCGGCUCUAAUACAACCGGAAAAAGCCCCAAUGACAAGAAAGAAAACCAAAAUACCGAGCCGUCGAAACUUGUGGCCUCUGAUAUAGAAACCCCGGAUGAAUUUUCCUUCAAAGCGAUGAUGAAGAAAUACGGAGUGGUGUUUUUCGGAACUUAUUUUGCGAUUUAUUGUUCGACGGUCCUCGGCUUGUUUAUGAGCGUCCAGUCCGGUCACCUGGACGUGAUGUACAUAAUAUCUCUGAUCACGGGAACUUCCUCGCCGACCGAUCCGGGCGGUGUUGCCGAUCCAGAGACGAUCCUUGAAGCGAAAUCCACCGUGAAGCACCUCGUGGAAUUCCUGGAAUCGUACACGCUAACGAAACCCGUUGCACCCAUGGUGGAAGAAUACCCAUCGAUCGGCAACCUAGCGAUCGCAUGGAUCGCGACCAAGUUCACGGAACCCAUCCGAUUCGGAGCCACCGUCGCGCUCACGCCGCCCAUUGCAAGGUUUGUUGGGUACAAACGUGUGUCGCCCGUCAUCGAGAAUGCCGGUCCCAUAGACAUUGUGUCUGCCGAUCAAAAAGGCGGGACUUCCAGCUCGGAAAAGACCUCGCCGUGAUGGCUAUUCUUUAGAUAAAAUGGAUAGAAAGUCUGGUAAUUAUAGUAUUACAGUAGAAUGAAACUAGUUUCCAAAUGGUAUUUCGUUCGUCCACCAGAACACGAGAAAGAAAGGGGUCCACUGUAAAUACAACGCAUCGAGCCUUGUAUUUGGAUUCGUGUAACCGAAGGUCCGAAUGAGUGAAUAUAGAGAAAGCUCUGGA